UGGGGAACGGUGCUACUUGGCGCAUCUUGCUGCUGCUAACUGUUGGCGUCAUGGCCAUGUUCGUGUUCCCUUGUGUGAGUUUGCUGCUGUCACUGGCCGCCAGCUAUCCCAGCUCCAUGCAGUGCGACUUUGCGUGCAUGGCCAACUACGGUCCAGGUGCCAGCUUCGGCUACAUGGGGAUUGCCAAUGUCGGUGCCACCAGUGGGGCCACCUGUGCCAUUGCCACAGAUGUGCCGACCGAAGGUUUCACAGGAGGCAGCAGCUACACCAUCACGGUCACUUCAACAACAGCUUUGGGACAGAAGCUAACCUGCAGCAGUGGUGACAUUGGAGGAUCCACCCAAGUGAACACAGACUCCACUACUACUAGCCAGACCUACACUUGGACGGCACCAAGUUGUGACAGCUCAAGCAGCGCAAGCUUUCGAGCCUUGUGUGGGGCAGGUGGGUCCAUUGAUGAGAUGUGGUAUGCUGAAGAAGUUUCGGUCUCCUGCGCCGCGACCACCACCGGCACCAGCACCUCUGGCGACACGACCACGGUCACCCACACGGUCACCGGCACCAGCACCGUGACCGAAGACGACACCGGCACCAUGAACGGAGCAAAGACUCUGACCUGUUGGGGCAUUGGAAUGGCCAUUUACAGCUGGCUGUUUUAGGCCUUGUUGCGGAAGCUUUUGGGCGUCACUGAGAUGCUGAGAGACUUGAAAAAGAGAGACCAGAAUCACAGCCAGCACAGGACUCAGGACCAGAAAUGUUGGAAAGAUUUGGCUCAGAAUGCCCACAGGAUCCUUUGAGGGUGCCCUUUGCAAGCAACACGAAGCUUGGAAGGGCCCCUGGCCUUAAGAUUUACAGUACCUUUGUGGCCUCGCUCCAUCCAUCUUGACAAGGAGUGAGCUGUAAUGUCGACUGGCAAAGCCUUGCACUGCGAAAGAAUGCGCGGUUUUCCGCAUGAUGAGAAAACAUUACCCAAAAAAGUAGAAAAUGGAGCUUCCCACAUGAGUUCCAAGAAUUUAGUGGUUGAACCCAGUUUAUUAGAUAACUGUUC